CGAGUCUCGACGGAGGCCAACUUUCUAUCUUUACUUCUCCUCUUCCAGCAAUUCCAAUUCUCCUGAGCCGACAUCGAUGGCUUCCAUCCCCACAGUUGCUUCUUCUUCUUCUUCCUCCUCCACGGCCGACUCAUCUCGGCUUCUUCAGAUUGUGAAACCGAACCCAUGCUUCCUUCCUCGUGCCGUCUCGUUUCCUGCUUCUCCAUUUCUGCCUGGUCCCAGGGGGAGGAUUGCCCUGGCAAUGGCGGCAGCUAGUUCGAAGAGCAGUCUUCAGAAGGACAACAAGAAAGCGGAGGAGGAAGAGGAAGUGGUAGAGGUGGAGGAGGACUUGCCUUGGGUUCAGGAGAAGGCGUUGGACCUAGUCGAGUUCACAGGCUCCGUCACUCAGGCAAUUCCUGGGCCGAGAGUCGGCCAGAGCUCGCUUCCAUGGAUUCUUGCGCUCCCGUUGGCUUACGCCGGCGUUACCUUCGUUAUUGCCUUCGUGAAGACCGUCAGAAAGCUGUCUUCUCCAAAAACCAAGCGCCGGCGACUGGUGAAUAAAAACGCUACACUGUGUAGAUCCAUUGACGAGUUGCUUCUGAGCGAGGGAGAUGCAUUGCAACCUUCAGAUUUGGAAGUGCUAAUGAAGAAGACAGGUUUCACUAUGGAGGACAUUUUGCGCAAGUAUAUCCGCUACGCACUGAACGAGAAACCAUUCAAUCCAGAACUGGUGGCCAACUUGAUCCGGCUCAGGGUGGCUUCACAGUUGAGUGACCCCCAAAUGGCUGCGAUUUUGAAUGAGAUCUCUCGGCUGAUUGUGCGUGAUAAAGGCCCCGUUGUCAUGGAUGUUUCAGGAUAUACUGAAAAGGGAUUUAAGAGAAAGCUUGCUGUUCAGGUUCUAUUCGGGAAGGUCUUUUAUUUAUCCGAGUUGCCAGAAUUAUGUUCGAGGGACAGCUCGCUUGUGGUGAAGGAGAUAUUCGGGGUUACAGAUGAAGAUGCUGAUCAGCUACGGGUGCACACCUUCUCAGAAGCUGGGGAAAUGGACUCACUAGAAAGAAUGGUGGACGGUGGUUCUGAUUCAGAUGGAUCUCCUGAUGAAGAAUCAAAAUCAGCUUAGGGAGAAGUUGGAUGAAGUUAAUAUGUUACCAAAUGUCGAUUGUUGAGGUUUUCCAUUCCAGAGCUAAUGAGAACAUAAGCGGCCCAUAACGCAGGCUGGUGUUUCGGUUGCGCCAGAUUUUGGUAGGUGUUGUACUUUGGUGUGAGUUUUGAGGCUAUAUGGAUAUUGGAUAUGCAGUUUUACAGCACUUCUAUAUCAGGCCAAAUAAUUUUUAUCUUAAGUAAAUUAAAAAUAAGAAAAAUAGCUC